AUGCCUCAGCUUCUCGUUGAACGAGAGAUAGCAAUAAUGAAGCUGAUAGAACAUCCACAUGUUCUAGGACUAUUCGACGUUUACGAGAAUAAGCGAUAUUUAUAUUUGGUGCUUGAGCAUGUUUCCGGAGGCGAGCUUUUCGAUUACCUCGUGAAAAAGGGUCGUCUGACUCCGAAAGAAGCUCGACGGUUCUUCCGGCAAAUCAUUUCCGCUCUGGAUUUCUGCCAUUCUCACAACAUUUGUCACAGAGACUUGAAGCCGGAGAACCUGUUACUGGAUGACAAGAACAACAUCAAGAUAGCGGACUUCGGAAUGGCUUCGCUGCAGCCGGAAGGCGCCAUGCUGGAAACAUCCUGCGGAUCACCGCAUUACGCGUGCCCAGAAGUCAUCAGGGGCGAGAAGUACGACGGACGCAGGGCGGACAUUUGGUCCUGCGGUGUGAUUUUGUACGCUUUACUAGUGGGUGCUCUGCCGUUUGACGACGACAACUUGCGACAGUUGCUGGAGAAGGUGAAGCGAGGAAUGUUCCAUAUUCCGCAUUUUGUCCCUCCGGAAACGCAGAACCUGCUUCGGGGAAUGAUUCAGGUGGACCCGGAAAAACGACUGCCGGUUACUAAGAGAAAUCCUGAUUUGGACGACGAGCGUUUUGAGCAACAACUCAGCAGGCGCUGGAAUUGA